CUCUCUUGCCUUAUCCGACUCAAACCAGAAAUCCACCAAAACUAGACGCCAGAGGAUAGAGAAAAAAUGGCGUCUUUAGCUCAGCAGUUCACGGGCUUAAGAUGCCCGCCUCUCUCGUCUUCGCGUUUAUCCAAGAAACAAGCCAAGAGUUUUACCCAACAAAAGCCCGCUGUUGCCUUCCCCCUAGUAUCUGCCGUAGCAAUAUCAAAUGCGCAGACUAGAGAGAGGCUGAAGCUCAAGGAGCUUUUCGAGGAAGCCUACGAACGGUGUCGCACUGCCCCUAUGGAAGGCGUCGCCUUCACUCUCGACAGCUUCCACAACGCUCUCGAUAAGUACGACUUUAAUUCUGAGCUUGGCACCAAGGUGAAGGGGACAGUCUUUCGAACUGAAGCAAAUGGAGCAUUAGUUGACAUUACUGCAAAAUCUUCAGCUUACUUGCCAGUUCAGGAGGCUUGCAUUCAUAGAAUUAAGCAUGUGGCGGAAGCUGGUAUAUUUCCUGGUUUGAGGGAGGAGUUUGUCAUAAUUGGUGAAAAUGAUGCUGAUGAUAGUUUGAUUCUGAGCUUGCGGAUGAUCCAGUAUGAACUUUCCUGGGAACGAUGCCGGCAGCUUCAGGCUGAGGAUGUUGUUGUGAAGGGCAAGGUGGUUGGUGCAAACAAGGGUGGAGUUGUGGCUCUAGUGGAGGGCAUUCGAGGGUUUGUUCCUUUCUCGCAAAUAUCAACGAAAUCAACGGCAGAAGAGCUUCUUGAAAAGGAGUUGCCUCUGAAGUUUGUGGAGGUUGAUGAGGAACAGGCUAGGCUUGUGCUCAGUAACCGCAAAGCUGUGGCGGACAGCCAGGCCCAGCUUGGGAUUGGAUCAGUGGUUCUUGGAACUGUUCAGAGCCUUAAACCAUAUGGUGCCUUUAUUGACAUUGGUGGAAUCAAUGGCCUUCUUCAUGUCAGUCAGAUCAGUCAUGAUCGUGUGUCAGAUAUUGCAACUGUUCUUCAGCCUGGUGAUACACUCAAGGUCAUGAUACUGAGCCAUGACCGAGAAAGAGGCCGGGUGAGUCUGUCUACGAAGAAGUUAGAGCCUACUCCUGGAGAUAUGAUUCGCAAUCCAAAGCUUGUCUUUGAGAAGGCCGAGGAAAUGGCUCAGACAUUCAGGCAGAGAAUUGCUCAGGCAGAAGCCAUGGCUCGUGCUGACAUGCUCCGCUUCCAGCCCGAGAGCGGCUUAAGUCUCAGCUCUGAUGGGAUAUUGGGUCCAUUGACAUCAGACUUGCCAGCAGAAGGUUUGGAUCUGACUGAUGUUCCCUCUGCUGAUGAAUCUUGAUUAACUCUUUUUAAGUUUUUGUAACAUUAAUUUUUUUUUUUUCUUUGUAAAAAGAUUGCUGUAGCUUAUUUACUACUUCUCUAUAUCUGCAACUCUUUCCCCCCCCCCCCCCAAAGCCUAAUAGUUGAUUUACUCUCGGUCUCUUGUUUGCUUA